AUUAUCGACCUUAAUAAUAAUAAAAUGAUAAUGAAUAGAAAUAUGAUUAAAAUACGUUAUUUAUCCAAAGUUAAAUCAAUUUAUAAUGAUAUUUAUCAAACAAGUAUCAACAAACCAGAAUAUUUUUGGUCAGAGCAAUCAAAAAAUUUGUUUUGGCAUGAAAAAUAUGAUAAAAUAUUAGACAAUUCUAACUCACCCUUUAAUAACUGGUUUGUCGGAGGGAAAUUUAACAUCUGUUAUAACUCGUUAGAUAGACAUUGUAUAGAAGGUCAUGGGCAUCAAAAAGCAAUCAUACACGAUAGCCCGCUUAUCGAGAAGAGUACCUCUUUGACAUACCAAGAACUAUUGAACAAAGUGAGUAGAUUAGCAGGGUACUUAGUGAAGAAUGGUGUAAAACCGGGUGACAGGGUUUUGAUCUAUAUGCCAAUGAUACCAGAGGCUAUUGUAGGUAUAUUAGCUUGUAGUCGAAUCGGAGCUAUACAUUCGUUAGUUUUUGGAGGUUUUGGAGCCAAAGAACUAUCUGUUCGCAUCAAACAUGCGGAGCCUAAAUUAAUUUUAACAGCCUCUCACGGUAUUGAACCAACAAGGUUCGUACCUUAUAAGCCUAUCAUGGAUCAAGCGCUCAAAUUUUCAAAUCAUAAGCCUAACAAAUGUUUGAUUUACCAAAGGAAGGAAAUGAAGGACAAAAUAUGUCUAACUAGUACACAUGACGAUGAUUGGGAGUUUGAGAUGACAAAUAAUUACAGCGAUGUAUGUAUUCCUUUAGCAGGUGAAAGUCCUUUAUAUAUCAUAUACACAUCUGGAACGACGGGGCUUCCCAAGGGUAUAGUUCGGCCUUCAGCUGGAUAUGCAGUCGCUUUAAAGUGGUCAAUGACAAAUAUAUUUAACGUGCAUCCUGGUGAAGUAUUCUGGGCAGCAUCUGAUUUAGGCUGGGUUGUUGGCCAUUCAUAUGCAUGCUAUGGACCAUUAUUAAAUCGGAAUACAACAAUUCUUUAUGAGGGUAAACCAAUUGGUACACCAAAUGCUGCAGCUUAUUUUCGAAUAAUAGAUAAUCACAAUGUAUCAUGUUUAUUUGCAGCCCCCACUGCCAUAAGAGCCAUACGCAGAGAAGAUCCGGAAGCCCUGCAAAGCCGCAAUUAUGAUUUGAAAAGUUUGAAGUCAAUAUUUUUAGCCGGAGAACACUGUGAUCAUGGAACUUUAGAAUGGGCGAAGGCAAAGUUUGGUGUCCCAGUUAUAGAUCAUUGGUGGCAAUCAGAGACAGGAUGGCCUGUGACUGCAUGCUGCUUAGGCUUAAUGGAUAAAGAUGAUAUAAAAAAUAUACGACGCGGUGUGUCUGGGAAACCAGUACCUGGCUGGGACGUGAAAAUAUAUUACUCCCAUAAACCUAAAUCAAAUAAUUUUGUCACCACCACAAAUGGCCCCUCUUUAAUUGCCGAUUUAUAUCUCAAUAAGGUAAAUGUUAGAGACUCAGUCGAUGAAAGCAGACCUUUGGAAAAAAGAGUCGUUAUGGAUGAUGAUAAAUCUGAUGUGAAUAUUUUACAAGAUGAAAAAUUGGGUAGAAUACUGAUAAAAUUACCCCUCCCUCCUGGGUUUAUGACCACAUUAUGGAAAUCAGAUGACUACUUUACUAAAUUGUAUUUCUCCAAUUAUCAUGGGUAUUAUGAUACUUACGAUGCCGGAAAAAUUGAUGAAGAUAAUUUUGUAUCAGUUAUGUCUAGGAUCGACGAUGUUAUGAAUGUGGCCGGGCACCGACUGUCUGCCGCAGCAAUUGAAGAAGCCAUUAUGGAAAAUACUGACCUAGCAGAAUGUGCUGUCAUUGCUGUUCCGGAUGCAUUAAAAGGGCAUGUUCCUUUAGCGUUUUGCGUUCCUAACCAUGGUGUAAACAAAACCAAUGAAUUAUUGAUCCUAGACACGAUAAAAAUUGUUAGAGAUGUAAUGGGACCGGUUGCCUCAUUAAAGCUAAUUUGCAUUGUGCCAAAACUACCCAAGACUCGCUCUGGUAAAGUUUCUAGGCUCACAAUGACUGCUUUAGCGAUUGAUAAGCCAUUCGAAAUUCCUGUCACUAUUGAAGAUCCAAAAGUUUACUAUAGUAUCAGAAAAAGUCUACAACAGUUGGGUUAUGCUCUAAAAAACACACAAAUAUUCGAAUAAUUAGCAUGAAAGAUAUUUCAUUAUUAGAAAGUUUGUUAAUUUUUAUUUUACUGACUCUAACCACAAAAAUUUACACGAAAAAUGCAUAACUCUAAGGGACUUUCUAAGCUAAAAUUUUUUUUUAAUUUGAUUUUUAUUGCUAUUUUUUUUUCUUUCUUUUAAUAUCAUUAACUUAUAUUGGAUAAAUACGCAUGAAAAAUAAUAAAUUUUUUUAUCUACUGAAUUUUGUUAAUUGUCGCAAAAUAGCUACAAACAAAAUACAAUUUUUUUUUAAAUUUAGAAAGGACGCCUUGUUAUACCUCAAUAUUAAGUUUUAAAUUCUUCAAAUAAUCAAUAAAACAUUUUUUUUUACUAAUAGUAAUAUAUAAAAUUAUAUAAUUUGUUCAGUAUUAUAUUGCUGUAUUAUUAUAUCAUACAUAUGUUUAUAAAUCUCAGAAAUCUGUAGGAAUCAAAUAUUUCGGUACCGAUUGAACAAAAAUUGUAUUACAAACCCUGCUCGAAUUUAUAAAAAUAAUAUUUUUGGUUUGCUGGCUUUUUUUAAAGCCUUUCUUAAAAUUUUGACAUUUUAGACAUGGCUGUAUUUUGUAAAUUCUUUCAAUGUACAAUCGAAGUAUGCUUUCCAGUUACAUAAAUCCCUAAGUCUAAUAUCUUUUUUUAAAUUUUCAACACCAUUUUUUUCUUUCAAUUAUUUGUUUCAUUUUCGAUAUUUAUAAAUCGCAGCGAAAUGAUAUAUUAUUUUAAAAUAACAUUUUUGAUAACUAUAAUACAUGACAUGAUUUUUUAAAAAUUGUGAUAUAUAGUGUAUUACACUUAAGAUAUUUAUAAAUUUUACCAAGAUAAAAUACUAUAAAUUGGACCUUAAUUUAAUAUUUUAAAAUGCGACAAAAAUUUAGAUUUUAUCUUGUCAAGUUUAA